AUGCUCCUUGUGUCCACCAUAUCCGCUGUGCCUGGGCCUUUUUCGUCCCUUAGCUAUCCCAGCAACAGCAGCCAGGAGGAGCUACUGGAUGACCGAAACCCAUUGCUAGUCCAGGCUGAACUGGCCCUGCUUUCUACCAUCUUUGUGGCUGUGGCUUUGAGCAAUGGCUUGGUGCUGGGAGCCCUAAUACGACGGGGCCGUCGUGGACGCUGGGCACCCAUGCACGUCUUCAUCAGUCAUUUGUGCCUAGCUGACCUGGCUGUGGCUUUGUUUCAAGUGCUGCCCCAGCUGGCUUGGGAUGCCACUGACCGCUUUCACGGCCCUGAUGCCCUGUGUCGGGCUGUCAAGUACCUGCAGAUGGUGGGCAUGUAUGCCUCCUCCUAUAUGAUCCUGGCCAUGACGCUAGACCGCCACCGCGCCAUCUGCCGCCCUAUGCUGGCAUACCGCCAUGGAGGUGGGGCUCGCUGGAACCGGCCAGUGCUGGUGGCCUGGGCCUUCUCACUCCUUCUCAGCCUGCCUCAGCUCUUCAUUUUUGCUCAACGAGAUGUGGGAAAUGGCAGUGGAGUGUUUGAUUGCUGGGCCAGAUUUGCAGAGCCCUGGGGCCUUCGUGCCUACGUCACCUGGAUUGCCUUGAUGGUGUUUGUAGCACCUGCCCUGGGUAUUGCUGCCUGCCAGGUUCUUAUCUUCCGAGAGAUUCAUGCCAGUCUGGUGCCAGGGCCAUCUGAGAGGGCAGGGAGGCGCCGCAGAGGGCACCGGACAGGCAGUCCCACCGAGGGAGCCCAUGUGUCAGCAGCCAUGGCCAAGACUGUGAGGAUGACAUUGGUGAUUAUGAUCGUCUACGUGCUGUGCUGGGCACCCUUCUUCCUUGUGCAGCUGUGGGCAGCGUGGGACCCAGAGGCUCCUCUGGAAAGACCUCCCUUUGUGCUGCUCAUGCUGCUGGCUAGCCUUAACAGCUGUACCAACCCCUGGAUCUAUGCUUCCUUCAGUAGCAGCAUCUCCUCAGAGCUGCGGAGCCUGCUUUGCUGUGCUCAAAGGCACACCACACCCAGCCUGGGGCCUCAAGAUGAGUCCUGUGCCACGGCCAGCUCUUCUCUGACCAAGGAUACACCCUCCUGA